AUGUCCUCGCUGCAUGCAACGUUCUCUGGCGCAGGCACCGGCGCAAGUACGCCGAGCGGGCUGAAGACUCCAACGACUCCCGUCGGGCAGAGUGAAAUGCAGGGAUUGUUAGGCGUAGACGUCGAGCAGGGUGCGCAGGAGUACGGGACGAGACAGGCGCGAGGUCCAACAACGAAACCGAUCUCCCGUCGGACAUCAACUUGGGCGAAAGUAAACUACUAUGUUCCCUCCACCGCUUGGAUUCCCCGAUAUUCGUGGUCACUUUUGAGUGGCGAUGUCAUUGCCGGUCUGACCGUAGCUUGCAUGCUUAUACCCCAAUCCGUGUCAUAUGCCACAUCUCUCGCGAGGUUGAACCCCAUAACCGGUCUUUUCUCCGCGUCAGUGCCAGGGCUCGUAUAUGCGCUCUUUGGCACCUCGCGGCAACUCAAUGUUUCGCCCGAGGCGUCGAUUUCCUUGCUGAUCGGGCAAGCGGUGGACGAAUUUCUGCAUGACUCGCACUUCGCAAAGUAUGGUAGAGAAAAGGUUGGCUUUGCCGUCUCUACGGUUGUUAUGUUUCAGGUCGGGUUGAUCAGCCUGUUGCUGGGGCUGCUCCGUCUUGGCUUCAUGGACGUCGUACUCAGCCGUGCGCUGCUGCGUGGGUUCGUUUCUGCGAUGGCCAUCGUGAUCAUGAUCGAGCAGCUCAUACCUAUGUUUGGUCUGACGGCGCUACGGAAUCAGCGCCAACUUCACAGCACAGCGGACAAGUUCUUCUUUAUCAUAGACAACGUUUGGGCGCACGGACACCCGCUCACGAUGCUCAUCAGUUUCGGCGCCCUGGCCGUGCUCUUGCUCAUCAGAAGCUUCAAGAACCUGUUCCGGCGCUAUGCUAUAGUCUAUCGGUUGCCGGAGGUGUUACUGGUGGUCAUAUGUUCAACGAUUGUCUCUGAUAAACUAGACUGGGAUGAAAGCGGAGUGGAAAUUCUGGGAAGCGUUCCUAUCAAUACUGGUUCUUCGCUCGUUCAGUUUCCCAUUGGCACGAUGACGCUCAAGUUUUUGCGUAGGACGACAUCCUUAUCUGUAUUAUGUGUCAUCGUGGGGUUCCUCGAUAGCAUUGUUGCUGCAAAGCAGAACGCCGGAAUAUAUGGCUAUAGCAUCAGCCCCAAUCGCGAACUCGUUGCGCUCGGCGCCGGUAACCUCGCUGGGUCGUUCGUACCUGGCACUCUCCCUGCAUUCGGAUCCAUAACACGAUCAAAGAUCAAUGGCGAGGUGGGCGCUCGAACACAGAUGGCUUCUCUGCUUUGUUCGGCCAUCAUCCUGCUUGCUGUCUUUUACCUCUUACCUUGGCUUUACUAUUUGCCAAAAGCUGUUCUCGCUGCCGUAAUAUGCCUUGUUGUGUUCUCCCUCUUGGCCGAGAUUCCACAUGAUCUUAAAUUCUAUUGGAGAUUGCGCAGCUGGGUUGAUCUGUCUCUCAUGGCGCUCACCUUCGUGUUGACCAUCUUCUGGGACCUCGAGAUUGGUAUCGCGGUCAGCUUAGUCAUAUCGUUGUUGCUGGUUGUACAUCGCUCUUCGAAGACGCGGAUGACCAUUCUGGGCCGGAUCCCGGGCACCGACACAUGGAAGCCCAUAGAUGAGAACCCGGAAGCGCAAGAGGAUGCUUCUGGGGUAUUAAUUGUCCGUAUAAGGGAGAAUCUUUACUUUGCGAACACAGCGCAGUUGAAGGAGCGUCUCCGCCGACUGGAGUUGUACGGCGUCAGCAAGCAUCAUCCGUCCGAUGAGCCACACCGGGAACAUGCUAGCGUGCUCGUUUUCCAUCUAGCAGAUGUCGAUAGCAUCGACGCCUCCGCCGCACAGAUAUUUUACGAGCUAGUCGAAACAUAUCAGAGCCGAGGCGUGGGACUGUACAUCACCCACCUGAAGAAGGGGCCGCACAUCACGUUUGAGCGUGCAGGAAUCGUCAAGCUGCUAGGCGAAGACUCCUUUUGCAAGGACGUAGCGGCUGCAAUGAUCCGGAUCGAGCAGAGCUCGCGGGAACGUCAUGAGCGAUAUUAG